UUCCUGGAGAUAUCUUUUCAUUUUCCUCCAUAAUGCAUGAGAAGAAUUAUUUAACAUUAUAAUGGAUUUUAAGUGGAACUACCAAGAAAAGAAGUGUUAUAAUAAAAUUUAUGUCUGACAAGCUGUAUAGCUUCUCAAAUAGAACAAUGACAACUUCUCAUAUGAAUGGACAUGUAACAGAAGAUUCAGACAGCGAAACAAAAAUUAUGGAUCUUGCACCUCUCGAAGAAUCUCAGAAACACAGGGAGAUGGCUGUGGAUUGCCCAGGUGAUCUGGGCAACCGCAUGAUGCCAUUGCGGCGGAGUGCUCAACUUGAACGGAUUCGACAGCAGCAAGAGGACCUAAGACGAAGACGGGAAGAAGAUGGGAAAAAACAAGAACUUGAUCUUAAUUCUUCUCUGAGACUGAAGAAGCUGGCACAAAUUCCUCCCAAGACUGGAAUAGACAAUCCUAUGUUUGACACAGGAGAAGGAGUAACUCUGGAGAGUCCGCAUUGUGCCGUGAAAGUACUAGAGGUUGAUGAGCUGCUGUGUUCUCUUAAGCAUGUCCAACACACGCUGAUAGAUCCACAAAGUCAGGAAGAAAUUGCUCUCAUUUUACAGCUUGUGCAAAAUACUGACUUUCAAAAUGCAUUUAAGAUACACAAUGCUGUUACUGUGCAUAUGAACAAAGCAAGUCCUCCAUAUCCUCUUGUCUCCAACGCACAAGAACUUGCACAAGAGGUACAAAAUGUUUUGAGACCAAGCCAUCAGAAAGAUGGGCUGGAACUUAAUUCUUUAUUGAAUGCUCCUCAUGUUCAGGCACUACUAUUGGCUCAUGAUAAAAUUGCUGAACAGGAAAUGCAACCCGAAUCAGUGGCAGAUGAAAAGAUAUAUGAAAAUGUUGGUGUGUAUGGAGGAGAAACAGUUAAAAUUGUUCGCAUUGAGAAAGCGAGAGAUAUUCCAUUGGGUGCUACAGUACGAAAUGAAAUGGAUUCAGUCAUCAUUAGUCGAAUAGUGAAAGGAGGUGCUGCAGAAAAGAGUGGGCUCUUACAUGAAGGUGAUGAAGUUUUGGAAAUCAAUGGAACUGAAAUUCGUGGAAAAGAUGUUAAUGAGGUUUUUGACUUGCUGGCAGACAUGCAUGGCACUCUGACAUUUGUACUGAUUCCAAGUCAGCAGAGCAAGCCCCCACCUACUAAGGAGACAGUGAUACAUGUGAAGGCUCACUUUGACUACGAUCCUUCUGAUGACCCUUAUGUCCCUUGCAGAGAGUUAGGGCUGUCUUUUCAAAAAGGAGACAUACUCCAUGUGAUCAGCCAGGAAGAUCCAAAUUGGUGGCAGGCUUAUCGAGAUGGAGAUGAAGAAAAUCAGCCUUUGGCAGGCCUCAUUCCAGGAAAAAGUUUUCAGCAGCAAAGAGAAGCGAUGAAGCAAACUAUAGAAGAGGACAAAGAGCCAGAAAAAUCAGGGAAGCUUUGGUGUGCAAAGAAGAACAAAAAGAAACGGAAGAAAGUUUUGUACAAUGCCAAUAAAAAUGAUGAUUAUGACAACGAGGAGAUUUUGACUUAUGAAGAAAUGUCACUUUAUCACCAGCCAGCAAAUAGGAAACGACCUAUUGUCCUGAUUGGUCCCCAGAACUGUGGUCAAAAUGAACUGUGGCAAAGAUUAAUGAAUAAUGAAGCUGACCGAUUUGCUUCUGCAGUUCCUCAUACAACACGAAAUAGGAGGGAUAACGAAGUAGCCGGCAGGGAUUACCAUUUUGUAUCACGGCAAGUAUUUGAGACUGACAUUACAGCAGGAAAGUUUAUUGAGCAUGGGGAAUUUGAGAAGAAUCUGUACGGUACCAGCAUAGACUCCGUCCGGCAGGUGAUCAAUUCUGGAAAGAUAUGUCUCUUAAAUCUUCAUACACAGUCAUUGAAGAGUUUACGCAAUUCAGACUUGAAACCAUAUAUUAUCUUCAUUGCACCUCCAUCACAAGAACGGCUUCGUGCAUUGCUGGCCAAAGAAGGCAAAAAUCCAAAGCCAGAAGAACUAAGAGAAAUCAUAGAGAAAACCAGAGAGAUGGAGCAAAAUAAUGGCCAUUACUUCGAUACAGCAAUUGUGAAUUCUGAUAUUGAUAAAGCAUAUCAAGAAUUACUUCGUUUAAUUAACAAACUUGAUACAGAACCUCAGUGGGUUCCAUCCUCUUGGCUGCGAUGAAAAAAACCCCACGCCAAUGAAGAAAAUAUUUUUGCCAAUUGCAUACUUUUCAUUGUUAUUAACUUGUUUAAUUCUCAAAUCCAACAAUGUUGCUGUGAUUGUAGAAUGUCUGGUUUCUCUACUUUUAAUUAGACACAGUGUGAACAAGCCACAUUUUAAUUAUUUAAAUAGGUUUUUCUAACAGCUUCUUUUUGUCUAGAGUUUUGUUCUUCAAGCAAGUAUAUUUAUACAGUUCAUGAUCAUUACUAACACAGGUUACUUUACACUGGUAACUUAAUGAUCUAAUGAAAAUAUUGUAGCUCUCAACAAUACCUUUACAAAACAUUGGAUGGAUGAAAUAAUCAGGAAGAAAAAGGAAUUAAUCUGCACAUUUUCUUCUUAAUAGUAUAAAGGGGCCACUUAUAUGGAGUUGUCCUUAGGCUUGAAUUUU